AUGGGUAGUGACGAGCGAAAUGCAAAGUAUCGUCAACAAGUUUCGGACUUGGUGGACAACAACAGCAAUGUAUCAUUGCCUUCUUAUCCCCACGUUUCCAUGCUGGAUGCGGAGGCGAUUACAAAGGAAUUGAUGGAAGAGUUGGUGGCACAAAAGGCCAUGCCGGAAUGGCUAGAGUAUCGAGCAACCACUAUCCAUUAUUUUCUAUUGCUACAAGGAAUUGGCAUGUUGGGAGCCUUUACUUUCUCUUCGUUUUAUCUUAGCAAGAGACGGAGUGAUUGCCGUCCGUGCAACCAUCUCUUGACGGCCUACCCAGGGCUAUGGAAGUGA